AACUUUCCAGAAGACCUUGAGAACCUUAUUCCAAAUUCCAAGUCAAUAGUCUACCCACGCUAUGAGACACGUGGUGACUUGAACCAAGCCGUUCGAACUCUCUGUGAAUGGCUGGAGGAGAGGGUAGCUGAGCAUCAAACAUACGACACUGAAGUCGUCGUAUGUCUGCUUGGUCACUCAAUGGGUGGGAUAGUGAGUGCAGAAGCAAUACUAGCAUAUACGGAUACGAUGAAUUGCCCAGUCAGGUUUAUUGGAUUAUUUGCUUACGAUACUCCCUUUUUUGGUGUUCACAAGAACGUUCAUACGUCCGCCGUUAAUCGCGUACAAACGGCGACAAGAGACGCUUUGGCAACCUAUUCGACUAUUUCCUCUGUCUUUACCAGAUCAUCUACGAAUACGUCCAAGUCAAGAUCGUCCGAGACCACAUCCAAAACCGUCACAUCCAAAACCGUCACAAGCGAAGCAGGAACUUCUAAAAAUAAAUCCUUUGGCUUGUGGGGAACACUGGCGACAACUGCGGCGGUUGCUGUUGGCGGAUACGCUGCUUAUUCGAAUAGAGAGAAAUUGAGCGAAACUUGGAAGUGGGUUGGAGAUCAUUUGGAAUAUGUGUCUGUACUUGCAGACGCAGAUGAAUGUCAGAGACGAGUUGAUGGUAUAUUAGAACGUUCAAAUGAAAUCGUAUUUCGUUGUUUUUACACAAUGAUUCCUUCAGCCGACACACCAUCGCGCACAUUUAUCACAUUGCCGCCCAAACCAAUUCCACCGUACCUCAUUGCUAUCAGCAAUCAAUCUCGCGAUGAGAUUGAUGCCCACGUCACUAUGUUUCAGCCAGAAAUAAAUAAGCAUUAUAACCGGCUGUUACAGUCGACUGCAAAGUUAGUGACGAAGAGGCUGGAACAAAUGUGA